AUGAUUGCCCACAUCUCGGACUCCCCAGCAAACUACAUGGAGACGCUGACCACAGUGCAACUGGCCUCCCGCAUCCACCGCAUGAGGAAGAAGAAGUCGAAGUAUGGCUCCAGCUCAUCUGGAGGGGAGAGUUCCUGUGAAGAAGGCCCGUCCCACCGACCACCACACCUUCGACCCUUCCACCCUCGGACCGUGGCCCUUGACCCGGACACAUCCCUGCUGCUCUCCAGUGAUCCUGACUACUCCUCCAGCAGCGAACACUCCUGCGACACAGUCAUCUACAUCGGGCCAGGGGGGACGGCCAUCUCGGACCGAGAACUGAGCGACAACGAGGGACCACCCUCCUUUGUUCCUAUCAUCCCUUCCCUGAAUAAAAAGCGUGUCAAAGACACACCUAAGUCUGAUGGCGAUCACCUUAAGUGCAACACGUUUGCAGAGUUACAGGAGAGGCUAGACUGCAUCGACGGCAGUGAGGGCCCAGCCACGUUUGGCACAGAGGGCAAAACAGCACAAGCAGCAGCACUUAGGACUCAGACUGGAGCUACUAAACCCACAGAGGUGACAUCUCCACCCAAACCUGAUACAAACUCCUCCCAAAGGUUCUUAGGAAGCACACCAACCACAUGCACAAAUAAACCAGAUCAGGAACAACCCAAACUCUUUUCAGCUGGCCUCAUGGAUACUUCCAAACAGACAAGUGCAGAUGGGGAGAAACUUUCAGUCAUCCCCUUUCAGCCAUGUGUUGUACGACCCAGUGGGACUUGUUACCAGGAUACAGACCCCGUAGUGCAAGACAAGGUCUACCUCAAAGGAGGUGUUCCUAAGCCGUCUGCCUCACCAUCCUUACCCAGAACAUGUAGGGCAGCAUCUCAGCCUGUAGAGGUUGUUGGUAGGACUCCCCCUGUAGGUAUGAGUCAACAAGCACCAAGGCAAGUCCAACCACCUAGCAUGGACAGGGCCGCUCAUACAAACAGAUGUCCAAUGGAGGUCAACAAUUUCCGGGCAGCUCUGUUAGGAAGAUGCCUUGACAGGGAUUUUCUGAGGAAUACAGUUACUCUGCAGCAGCCUGUGGAGCUGAACGGGGAGGAUGAGCUUGUGUUCACAGUUGUAGAGGAGCUUCCUCAUGGUCUUGUCCCAGACAACGGCCGCCCCCCCAACCUCCUCAGCUUCAACAGUGACUGCUCUCCACAGGCCUUAGCCUCUGGCUCUCGCCCUGUAAGCAUCAUCAGCAGUAUUAAUGAUGAGUACGACGCUUACACAUCUCAACAAGAAGCUGGACCUUGGCCUGAUGUUGGCACUGACUGUCAGGGAAUGUUGUUUUCCCAGCGUGGAAACAAGCAGUCAUCCGUUGGUUCAUGGCCAAGUGAAGUGAGUUCUGAUUCAGCAGAAAGUGAGGGCACUCACCCAACGAGCAGGCUUCACCUGAGGGACAAAAAUAUGGCAACAGAGAAUGCAUCCACACUGACCUCACCGAGUAUGUUUCAUAAACAGCAAUUUUUUCAGCAUGGCAUCAAGAGCUCCCUGAAUGACAGUGGAGUCUGUUUCUCAGAGCUGGAGAGUGACCCUGCUACUCCAAACAAACCCUCUUUUACCAAGUGCCCUCCCUCCCCUGACUCAACCAAAGUCUCUCUCAAAGGCUCUCUCAAGGUGAGAGCCAACACUCUGAACAAUUCACUGUCCACCCAGAUUCCCCAUCACACCUCCCAUCCCAGUCUUCCCAGGAAAACAAAGCCUACCUCAUCUGCAGGUGUGGGCUGCAGCAGACAGGAAGGCAGAAAUGAUGAUGUUUUGCUUCAGGGAAGCGGUCACUUUGAUCCCAGAGAGGUUGAGUUUCUCUCUUCAUGUAAGCCAUCAAGAAGUGGCAUGAGCAGUGCUUCCUCCAAGAGGCCCGGAGGGAACAGUAACAGUGUACCUCGGCCACCAAAGGGACAAGUGUCGUCUUCAGCUCAGAGGGUUGUGGAUGGUUGUGAAAAGUCCAGCAGCAGGAGAGGAGAUACUCUCAUCAAGCUGCCACGACUCACCCGAGGUGCAACAACUCUAGGAACUGUUUCUAUCCCCCAGAGUUCAGAACCCAGAUGGGGUCAUGAGACCACUUCAAUGACAGGUACUCUGAGGUUUGCUUCUUUGGGAAAAAAGUCAAAUGGGCAGAAAGGUAACAUGAUCUCCAAGUCUGGAUCUGGAAACAUCUCUCCUCCUGCUCCACUAGUCAAACAGUCAAGCCAAGAACAAAAGACAAGGACUGCACUAUCUCCAAGUGCCUUAAAAACAAACAGUGACACUGGAAAGUCCUCAUUCCCUAAAACACCAACCUCAGAGGAGGAAUUCAACGUCAGGGUCCAAGCAGAUUCGUUCAGCCACAGGACAUCUAGUUUAAAAACUGAACAUGGCUCUGCCAGAACAUCUUCAAGCUUGAAGACACGAGGUGCCAAAGUAGAUUCUUCAAGGCACUACGGGAGCCUGAUGUCUCUGGAGAGAUCUGACAAUCAAGCCUUCGCUGGGUCCAAGCCUGAACUGUUCAGGGAGAUCAGUGGUGCUACUUUAGGGAGUAACAGCAGAUCCAACAGAUCAGUGCCAAGACUUGGGGUUCCAGCCUCUACCUCCACUUCUGCUUCUUCCUCUCAAAUUUCUCCAGGUGUCUUCGCAACUACAAGCAAACUGGGGCAGGUCCGAGGCAGCAGCAACAUGCGAGCAGCAGUUUCUGGUGGGUCAAAGGUUCGAAUGUUGUCUACCAGCAUUUCCAAGAGCAUGAGCUCUUCCCCAAAACCUCCUGAUAACACAGCUGGACGCAAUGCCAGCUUGCCUCUAACUGGUAAAUCCCCUGUUCGGUCUGGGACGGGUGCCAAGACGGGAAGAGGCACCAUCAUGGGCACAAAACAGGCUAUCAGCAGGGCAGCUAACAGCAGGGUUAGUGAGCUAGCUGCCGGGAGCCCAAGGAAACAGUUCAGCAGAGGGGCUGGACUGACAGGAAGUGAUGGUACUGACAGCGGGACGAGUAGUGUCAGUGGUUCACCAGUCAACACACCAAUACCAUCACCUUACAGCAAGAUCACUGCACCUCGGAGGCCACAGCGCUACAGCAGUGGACACGGUAGCGACAACAGCAGCAUCCUCAGCGGGGAACUGCCCCCCGCUAUGGGCCGCACCGCCCUGUUUUACCACAGCGGGGGCAGCAGUGGCUAUGAGAGUAUGAUCCGAGACAGCGAGACCACUGGUAGCACUUCUUCAGCACAUGACUCCAUGAGUGAGAGUGGAGCGUCCUCAUCCAACAGGAGCAGAGUUUCUAAAUCGCCCAAGAAGAGAGGAAAUGGUUUCCUGAGGCGGCGUCUGAUCCCAGCUCCCCUGCCUGACACCUCCUCUCUGGGCAGGAAGGUGGGGGGUCAGUGGGUGGACCUGCCCCCACUGGGCGGCACCCUGAAGGAGCCCUUUGAGAUAAAGGUGUAUGAGAUCGACGACGUGGAGCGCUUGCAGAGGAGGAGGGAGGUGGUGACAGGGACAGAGCCGUUCCAUGAUGUAGAAAAGGGUCUGCUCUACUUUAACGCCCGUCUGAGGAUGCUGGAGAAGCGGCAGCAGCAGAUCAGAGAGCUGAAGAGCAAACACGAGAGGCUGAAGGUGGAGCUGGAGGAGGCCAAGAACCGGCUGAUGCUCCACCCCAACAAAUGGAGCGGAGAGUUUGAUGUGGACCAGGACCUGGACCGGGAGUCCCAGGAGUACCUGGAGGCUCUGGCUCAAGCCACGGCAGAGCUGGAGUACUGCGUCAACCUCUGCAAGUCCCGCGUCAUGAUGGAGACCUGCUUCGACAUCGCUGUGACGACAGCUGCUGCUGCAAAGGGAGGUCAGCAGGAGGUGGAGGUGUAAGAGGAGAGUCCAGCGUAGAUGCAUGAAGAACUGGAUACUGCCCCUGUGGCCACUCAUGGUACUGCAACUAAACAAUCUCCUGCAGCCCAAAAAGCAUUUUCUCCACAGAACUCCAUCAUUAAACAGACAUCAGUUAUUACUCAGUGUAAAUAUAACUAACAUCACUGUGCUCCUCAGUAAUUUAACCCUUCAUUCUGGACAUUUUAACACUGGUGUAACAGGCAUGACCAUUCAGCAGGACAAAGACAAAAGCCUCAUCAGGGGGGCGCUGUGUGUGUGUUUUCUCUGAAAUGAAUGGGCGCCAUGUUAAAGUGUGGUAUCCAGUUCUUCCAAUACGUCCAUGGUGAAGAAAGAAAGGAUGAGACAAGAGAGAGUUUCUGAAACCUGAUGAAUGGGAUGAUUUACUCAUCUUUCAAGAUGCCAGAGAAAACACUGACUUCGACCAUAACAGAGGACAAAACAGCUUCAUUCAUUCAUUCAUUCAUCCAAAGUGAAACCUCUGAAGAGUCCACCUGGACAGAAAGAAAACUCUGAGCUGCAGAGUCAGAGGAGAAUAACGAACAAAUGUAAAACUAAGAUUAAGAGAACCUGAUGGA